AUGGGCCUUUUGGGCGUCCUAGCCGAUCCAACCACCACUCAUAACGCACAGGCGCCCUGGCCUCCAAACAUUGAACCGUUCACCGUCCUCCCGCGUCCAACUCUCGUUACAACUCUCCAACUCGCUCAUGUCUGCGCACUCAUAGGCAUAAUCAACGCCUUCGUCUUCACUGCAUGCCGCCGACACCUAAAAUCCAACCCGGCCCUGCAGGAGAAGAUCGCAUUCAGCCUCCUCACCCCCCUCUUAAUCGGCGACAUCCUGCACCUUUACGUCACACUCUGGGCCCUCGGCGAACAGAGAUGGGCUUUUUGGGAAUGGAGUCCAAUGCUGUGGACAACAGUCCUGCUGGGUCUGACCUUGUUGUGUCCACGAAUAGCGUGGCAUCUCGGUGUUGGGAGAUACGUCGACCGCAGAGACGCUGUCUCAAAACAUCAGUCGGGCAAUGUCCUUGAUCGGACUGUACGCGACAAGAUCGACAAAUGACUAUUUGGAUUUCAGACACGUCAGAAAAUGGAUUGAACGACCUAGCCUGUUCUCUCCGAAUUAUGGCUGUACAGUCGACGGAGUUGCUGCCUACCUGUUCGGGCGCCUCUCAGCGCUUGUUGCCGCUAAGCGUGGUCGCCCCCGCGCACACUUUUACUUUAUGGGACAUUUGGUUUCUUGGUUAUCAUUUGGAUGGAUUGCAUUUUUGCUGUCUACCUCAACGCUACCGCCAUGAUUGAAUCACUUGGCAUACCCUUGCUUUCGGUUUUCGGACGUUGUUUUGGGUCAUGAGGCUGAUAUUCACGCCUUUCCGUACAC